GCAUACCGCAGGACAUUCCCCGGUUUCUUAAUUUGUGAGAACGUCAAUACACCAAGAUGCCGACCACUCUGAAAGAAUUCGAGAGCGUCUGGCCCCGCAUUACGGUAGACCUCGAAAGCCACUGCAAACAAUAUAAACUUCCACAGCAGUCACUUGAUUGGUUCGUCAAACAACUCAAUUACAAUACCGUUGGUGGGAAAUGCAAUCGAGGAAUGUCUGUCGUCGACACUUCUUCUCUCCUUCUCAACAAAACUCUGACCCCCGACUCGGAGGACUAUUUCCGCGCUGCUCUUCUGGGCUGGAUGAUUGAAUUGCUCCAGGCAUUCUUCCUCGUCUCUGACGACAUUAUGGACUCUUCUAAAACCCGCCGUGGAAACCCAUGUUGGUACCUCGUGCCGAAAGUCGGAAUGAUCGCCAUCAACGAUGCCUUCAUGCUCGAGUCUGCCAUCUAUUUGCUCCUGAAAAAGCACUUCCGCAAAGAAAAGAGCUACAUUGACAUGGUCGAGUUGUUCCACGAGGUCACCUUCCAAACUGAGCUCGGGCAGCUGUGUGACCUGUUAACUGCACCCGAGGAUGAUGUGAACCUCGACAAUUUCAGUCUUGAGAAAUUUACCUUCAUCGUCAUCUUCAAAACUGCUUACUACUCGUUCUACCUCCCUGUUGCCUUGGCACUUCACUUCUGCGGUGCCGCAACGCCGAAGAACCUUCAGACAUCUCUCGACAUCCUAAUUCCUAUGGGCGAGUAUUUCCAAGCACAAGACGACUACCUCGAUGCAUUCGCCGACCCAGAAGUUCUUGGCAAAAUCGGUACCGACAUCCAGGACAACAAAUGCUCGUGGUUGAUCAACCAAGCUCUUAAGAAGGUCACCUCUGAGCAGCGCAAGAUUCUCGAGGAAAACUAUGGCCAAAAGAACGCUGAGUGCGAGGCGAAGGUCAAAGCCUUGUACCAUGAGCUGAAGCUUGCGGACUUCUACUCGGAGUGGGAAGAGGAGCGUGUCGCAGAUCUCCGGGCCAAGAUUGACAAGGUGGACGAAUCCGAAGGGCUCAAGAAGGAGGUUUUCGAGACGUUCCUCAAGAAGAUCUACAAGAGGAGCAAGUAGGAAGUAAUUCUGGACUGUACUUGACGUAGUGUUUGUAAGGUGACACGACUAUAGAUUGGCGUCGGAAAGACAAGGAUUAUGUACGCUCAGACCGUGGUUCGGUCGCUGUAGGUCAAUUGAUGCCUUGGUUUCACAUUUUCCGCCAUUAAUUUCUUUUUUCUAGUUUGUUAGUGUCACCUUUACGACAUGUUUGUCAACUUCUAGCCUCGUGGGGCAACAAAUAACCUCAGGCAAUUUUGGUGUGUAUAAUCUAUCAUUCCAGUUGCGUACAAAAC